UUGAUAAGAAUUUCCCUCUUGUUCGAAAUUUUAUAACGUUUAUGAUCUAUUUUUGACGAUUAUUUCUUCAAAUUGUUAAAAAAUAAGAACAUAUUUCUUAUUAAAUGAUCCUUAAUUUCUCAACUUUGCUGAUAGUUCAACCGUUUACAUUCAUGGGUCUUCUUCGUAACUCAAAAUCGAUUCUGAACUUUCGUUCCUCGACUGUCAUUCUUUCCUAGUCCCUCAUUAACGUUAAGCUAAGCAGAAUGCACGCAUCUUGUACAAUAUGCGGCGAUAUAUUCACCGGCGCAGACCCAGAAGUCAUACUAUCAACCCCAUGUGGCCAUAUGUUCCAUCAACCUUGCCUCAGAGAAUGGCUCAACAGAUCAAAAACUUGUCCACAAUGUCGUUCGAAAGUGGACGACAAGCAUACGAUAAAGUUAUACUUCCAAUUGAGCUCAUAUCCGACUCAAGAUUCGGCUACUUUGGAAAACACCGUAUCAAAUUUAAAAUUCCAAUUGAAAAUGAAAGAAAUAGAUGUCAAUAAACUAACGGAGGAGCAAACCACUAUGAAAACACAACUAGCCGGAUUAAAAAUUAUGCUCAUGGAAGCGGAAGAGAAGAACAGAAAUAACGAUACAAUCGUUAAUCAUCUGCAAGAAAAGAUGAAAAUGCUGAAACUCCAGGCUAAAUCAUUUACCGAAGAGAAACUUCGUAAUGACGAAUUACAAAAACAGCUCGAUCAAUAUGCCAAUUUAGAGAAAAUUCUCAAAGGUUCGGCUGCAGAUGCUGCUGAUACGAUCGCUCUAAUGAAAGACUGUACGGAUCCUAGUAUAUUAUGUGCUUGCAUCAAUACCCUUAAAACUGAAAAUUAUAAACAUAAAGAAAAAUCCAAAGAUCUCCAGAGUCUUUUGAAGUUCAAGGAACAAAAAUUAUCAGCAGCUGUAACCGAAAUAAGUAACCUAGAAAAACAGAUCUCUAUUCUGAAUCGUUCACUAACUAAAGUGAAAGAAGACUUGACUCAUACAGAAAACGAAAACGAAAGCUUGAAGAAAAAAUGCAAGCAUUUAGAAGAGGCAAUAAUGUCUCCUCAAGAAAACUCCAACUCAAGUAAUCCACGUGACAAAGCUCUUCGCAGAUUCAUCAACGAAUACCCAACACCUCAGCUGAAGGAAUCUCCUGUGAUCGAACUCAGCCUGCCUUCCACCAGCACCGCUUCAACGACUUCUCGUCCUCAACAGCCCAGAGAACCCUCACCAACCAGUCCUAUCAGAUUCAACGUAUUAAAAGACCCUAAAAAUCGCCUAGUGCUGAAUAAACGUCGUCUAAUGGGCCAUUCGUCGUCGCAAGAAAAAUCACCAUGUUACGACGGACUCGGUGGUCACCUCAGGGAAGAGGUUUCAUUCACUGAUAAGGCUACCUUACUCAGAACCAUCGCAGAAAGCAAAUCGAAUAAAAUACCCUUAAAUACGAAACGAUUUAAACCUAAUUCUAAACCCGGACCACCUAAAACUAAUUUAUUGCAAUUUUAUACUAAGAAACAAUAAUUUUUUCAUCGAUCGUGAUCCUAUCAUGUGUUUUUUUUUUUGUUCGAGGGUACUUCGGUAAGGAUCUUAGAACCUCGUGAUUUAUUUAUGUAAUUUUAUUUAAACGCUGAAUGCUGUAAAUUUUGUUAUUUGUAUUAUUUAUUGCCGAAUAAAAUUAAUUUUACAAUA